ACUCGAGAAGUGCCUGGUGUCACCGAGUUUACCGUCCGGGGCUGCCUGUCAGCCUGGCUGUGUGGGUGCUGCUUCCCGCUGCUCGGCUACUACAGUCGGGGAUGCUGCCUGCUGCAGCGAUGGAGUUCAACCACCGAAACAGCAAAGUGUUGGGCAGAGUUUGAGACAAAGGGAGGGGGACUUGGCGUUAGUUCUGCGAGGCAGCUAACCGCCUGGUGGGGUAUUUUUAUUAUAAAGAAGGGAAGAAGCGAAAAAACUCGGGGUGAAGAUGAAGCUGUUGAAGCCGAGCUGGGUGAGCCACAACGGCAAACCCAUAUUUUCUGUUGACAUCCAUCCAGAUGGAACCAAGUUUGCAACGGGUGGGCAAGGAGAGGAUUCUGGGAAGGUGAUGAUCUGGAACAUGGCACCAGUUCUUAGAGAGGAAGAUGAGAAGAAUGAGAAUGUACCCAAAAUGCUCUGCCAGAUGGACAAUCACCUAGCCUGUGUGAACUGUGUCCGCUGGUCCAACAACGGGCUCUACCUGGCCUCAGGUGGAGAUGACAAGCUGGUUAUGGUGUGGAAGAGAGCGGCGUUGAUUGGUCCGAGCACAGUGUUUGGGUCGAGCAGUAAGCUAGCCAACGUGGAGCAGUGGAGGUGUGUCACAAUCCUGAGGAACCACACCGGAGAUGUGAUGGACGUAGCGUGGUCUCCUCACGACAUCUGGCUGGCCUCCUGCAGUGUGGACAACACCAUCGUCAUUUGGAAUGCUCGCAAAUUCCCAGAGAUGGUCACCUGCCUGCGAGGACACACGGGGCUAGUUAAGGGCCUGACGUGGGACCCAGUAGGAAAAUACAUCGCCUCCCAGGCAGACGACCACAGUCUCAAAGUGUGGAGGACGGUGGACUGGCAGAUGGAGGCCAACAUCACUAAACCCUUCUCCGAGUGCGGCGGGACGACACACGUCCUACGCCUGUCCUGGUCCCCGGACGGUCAGUAUCUGGUGUCGGCUCACGCCAUGAACAACUCCGGCCCCACGGCUCAGAUCGUGGAGCGAGACGGCUGGAAGACCAACAUGGACUUCGUGGGCCACCGUAAAGCGGUGACUGUGGUGAAAUUCAACCCAAAGAUCUUCAAGAAGAAGCAGAAGAACGGCAGCUCCCCGAAGCCCGGCUGUCCUUACUGCUGCUGCGCCGUCGGCAGCAAAGACCGAUCGCUCUCCGUUUGGCUCACCUCGUUGAAGCGCCCUCUGGUGGUCAUCCACGAUCUCUUUGAUAAAUCCAUUAUGGACAUUUCCUGGACUCUGACGGGUCUGGGGAUGUUGGUGUGUUCCAUGGACGGCACUGUGGCCUAUCUGGACUUCUCCUUGGAUGAGCUGGGAGACCCACUGAAUGAAGAAGAGAAGAACAGCAUCCAUCAGAACAUCUACGGCAAAAGUCUGGCCAUCACCAACACCGAGGCUCAGCUCUCCACCACCAUCAUCGAGAACCCAGAGAUGCUCAAGUACCAGCAGGAGCGGCAGAACUCGACUCAAGCCAACCCGGCGGCGGCCAGCGUCGGGUCCGAGUCGUCUGCUCCCAAAGUCAACAGUGUGAUGAACGGAGAGUCUCUGGAGGACAUCAGGAAGAACCUUCUGAAGAAGCAGGUGGAGACGAGAACAGCGGAUGGGAGAAGGAGGAUCACCCCACUUUGCAUCGCUCAGCUGGACACGGGGGAUUUCUCUCUGGCUCUGUUCAACAGCGCUCCCAUCCUCCCUUCCGGCUCCUCGAUGUCCAACCAGCUCCCCCCGCAGCUGAACUCCGACUCCAGCCCGGGACAGCCGUCCUCUCUGGGCCUCAAGACCCACCAGGACGGCGUCCUCACCUCGCCUCCUCCCAACAGCGUCGGCAAAGCCCUGGAGGACAACAGCGACGGCAUGAAGCCCAGUCUGCUUCUCACGUCUGCGUCCAAGAUCGAGCCGAUGAAAGCUUUGGACUCACGGUUCACAGAGAGGUCAAAGGCCACUCCGGGGGUUACGUCGGCCAUCGCCUCCACAGCUGGACUCACACCUUUGGACAGCAGACCAAAGGACACCGUCUCUGUCCCGAAGGACCUCAAAACCAAAGAAGAUACAAGCAGCGACAGCGAGGACAAGAUCGGCGCCGUCAACAAGAACCUGGCGUUCGGGAAGAGAAAACCCGAGCUGCUGAUGGACGGAGGAGAGGUGGUGGAGAAAAAGAAGAAGGGACGGCCGAGGAAAGACAAGAUGGCCACUCCCAUCUCUCAGCCCUUCCUCCAGGUGACGACUCCACCUGAGCGGGACUCCAGCAGGGUGGCAGCUCCUCCAGCUCCUGUCGCUGUUCUGAAACUCCCAACGCCGAGUACCCAGAAGGCCUUCAGCCUGCAGGUGAGCAUGGAGCCGGCGGUGUUCCUGGAGGUGGAGAACGAGGUGUCGAUGGUUGCCGGUUCAAAGCUCAGCCAGCUGCGUUGCUCCAAAGAUGGACGGAACUGGAACACCCUGCUGCCCAGCUCAGUGGUCACCGCGGCAGGAAGCAGUGACGUUCUUGCCGUCGCCUGUGAGGACAGGAUGUUGUCGGUGUUCUCCUGCUGUGGGCGGAGGCUCCUCCCAGCCAUCCAGCUGACCACGCCCAUCUCUGCCCUGCAUUGCUCCGCCCACUUUGUCAUGGCUCUGACUGCCGGAGCGGGCCUUUCUGUCUGGGACGUUCAUAAACAGAAGGCCCUGGUGAAGAACGAGUCUCUGCUGACCGUUUUGUCUGGUGCUGACACCACAGUCUCCCAGUCAAUGCUGACUCAGCAGGGCGUCCCGGUCAUCGGUCUGUCCAACGGGAAAACGUUCUGCUUCAGCUCAUCGUUGGAAACAUGGACUCUGAUAGCAGACAGAGGGGACUCUUUAGUCCAGUGUGCGGACUUCAGGGGCUGCCUUCCUUCCCAUGAUGCACCUGUGUCAUCAGGGCCGCUGGCUGCCAUUCAGGGUCGCAACAUCAACGCCGGCCGGCUGGCGUCCCGCCUCUCGUCCACGCCCCACCACCUGCAGCAGAGCAUGACGCUCGCCUUCCUGGAGAACCAGCUGGCGUCCGCUCUGACUCUGCAGUCGUCACAGGAGUACCGCUACUGGCUGCUCACUUACGCCCGGUUCCUCGUAAACGAAGGCUCCGAGUAUCGUCUUCGAGAACUCUGCAAGGAGCUUCUGGGUCCCGUCCACAAAUCAGCUGCUACGUCCUGGGAGGCAACGACUCUGGGGCUGCACAAACGGGAGCUGCUACGGGAAGUUUUACCCGUCGUCGGGGAAAACCUGCGAUUCCAGAGACUUUUCACGGAGUACCAGGAUCAGCUGGAGCUUCUGCGGGGCAAAUAACACACACUGAUCCACACACACACACUGACCUAAACACACUAACCUGAUCCAGUGGAGCCGAGUCCGGUUUGGGAAUGUUGGAACGCUGCUCCAGCGGAGACCUGGACAUCACGGCAGGGUGUUGGUGACGGCACGUCCGCUUGGGAAUUCUUCAAUCUGUCCCACUUGUUUUGUUAUUUCAAUUAGAAUUGACUUUUUUUUUUGGUCUUUUUUCCUCUAAAUUUGCUUUUGGAAACUAUGCACCUCCCUGCUGCCCCUCUAAUACUUUUUUACGGUCUCCAUGGAGACGAGGAGUUCAGGCGGGGACGCUGGAUCUGAGUAAACCCCGCCGCUUACAGGCAGCGAAGACGAGUCUGAACCUGAAAGGACAUCAGAGGAAAUACGAUCGUACCAAAGGAUCGCCUUCACCUGUAGAGACAUGAGGGUCACAGGGUCACCGUCCCGCAGGAUUUACUCUGAUUACUUUAUUUGUCUUUAAUGUUUAAGUAUAAAAGAGCCGCAAACAAAAUCGGUGAGUUAAAUCAGGAUGAGUUCGGAGGGAUUUAAAAGGGCGUGGACCUGAAAAGCACUUAACGUUUAGCUGUCGGAGAAGAGGAGCCACUCACAGAAGUCCGUAGAUCCCACCUCUCCCUCCGACUCACGUCCUUUUUAUUUUUCUACAGCGAGUGGAAGGGGUCGCUGCUCUGAACGCCGACGCGUCAGACUAAGUAAUAAAAGACAAAAACAAAAGAUGGUCUUUUUAUUGUCGUGCGGGAUUGAGCGGCUCUUCCUCGUCAUCUGCAGGCUGUUCGAUCAAACCUGAGUUUAAAACAUUCAUUUAAUCAUGUUUUCUCCUGAAACGAUGUCAGAAUGUGAAAUCAUGAGGUUCGGUCUGUACAGCGAUCAUGAAGCCCAGGGAAAGGCCUUCUGGAAAACCUGUUUUUGUUUAUUUUUAAAUUUAUUUGUACACUUCUGCAGAAAAGCUCCGUGACCUUUGCUGGUUUAUUGUUUUUUUUUUUUUUUUUUGUGAAAGAUCUGAAAUCAGAAGCAGGUCCUGUUUGUGUUUCCGCCAUCUCUGCUAACGCGGCGCCACACUUCCUGGUGUUCCGACGGGUUUCUGAGGCGCUGAAGCUCCACAGACGGAAGCGGUUUAACAUUUAGCCUUCGAGCCGCUGCGCUAACACUCCCGCUAACGUCCUCCUGUACAGCAUUUCCUCCUCGUGCUUCUUUGCUUAUUUCCAGAUGUUUGUAAAUGUUUUUUUCCCUUAUGUUUUUCAUUUUAUAUAAGAAAAGUAAAAAAAUAGACAUUUUGCUUUGGAAGGCAGAAAAUAAAAAAAGUGAAACGAG